UAUAAAUAUCAAGUUUUGAUACAAAAGGCGGUGAAUCAAUAAAGUAGUUUUAUAUUCUUUGAAAGCAUCAACGCGUGAUCACCGAAGAUGAGACAAAUCAUUGUUCUGGCCGUCGUCAUCGUUGCAGUAGCAGGAGCAGCCGUCCCAUCAGUGGAAACCAGACGGGACAACUAUCCUGCCCAAGCGCAGAUUUUACGCUAUGAUGUAGAUAACAUUGGACUCGGAGACUACAAAUAUGCUUACGAACAAACAGACGGCACAAGACAGGAGCAACAAGGAACAAUCACAAACGAAGGGCGCGAGGAUGAGGCUAUUGCGGUCAAAGGUUCUUUUUCGUGGGUGGCACCAAAUGGCGUCAGGUACACUGUGACAUACACCUCUGAUGUCGAAGGUUACAAGCCAACGUUGGAGGAAGGUCCCGGUGGACUUCCAGACGUCGCUUUGAUUUCAGCUCUCGGUUAAUUAUGCGUAUUUAAUAAAUAUUUGUUACUUUUA